AUGGGUACCCAAUCUCCUCACACCGUCGGCGAUGGUGUCCCUAAGAAGGAUCCUUACUACGGUCGGAAGUCGUUCGCCGAUGUAGUCACUCGUUUCCUUGUGCACACGUUCGCCUGCACGGUCGAUAACGAGGAUCCGGACCUAAACCUCGACCGCUUCGUUGCAUACGCUCUGUAUCGAGCCAACUUGCUGGACGACAUUGCUUGUGCUGGUCUUUUGUUCUUGCACCGCUUCAAGGCUUGGAAUCCCGACAGCAUUGGCAUGUCCGGUCAACGGCUAUUCAUCACCGCAUUCAUGCUCGCAAACAAGGCGUUCUGUGAUAGCGCGUAUCGGACCAGCUCAUGGUGCAUCGUCUCGCAAGGGCUUUUCAACGCCCGUGAGAUCAGUGAGAUGGAACGCGAUAUGUGUUUUUACCUCCAAUGGCGGUUUGUGGUCGACAACGUGAACUUCGCUCGGUUCAUGCUAUACCUCCGAGACAACUUCGCAGAGCCUACCUCGCCCGGCGCUUGGAGCAUCGCGCCAUAUGUGGAGGUGGACCGCUUUAUGGGGUUCCUGCCGUACCCUGUACCAUGGUCACAGUAUCCCGCGCCGCCAUCCUACUCGAUGCCGCCACUCUAUGACGCGGCUCUGCUUGCCCGGUCCGACUCUAGUCAAACUGAGCGAGUACCCCCGUCACGCGGGAACUCGCAGCCAGUCACGACUGCAACGGAGACUGUCCAGUCGCCAACUUGGACCCAGCAAGCACCGUAUCCCCUACUCGAUGACCAACAACGCAUGACAAGGAACUCGUCCGGGCAAGAGCGGGUUGCAUUACCUUCACAACAUACGGAUGUGCCACUUUACAGUCCCGAGUCCAUCCCCGGCUCCGACAGUCCAUCUAGUUGUCAAUUCUUCCCCCCUCCUCGAUACUAUAUCCACCCAGCAGAGCCAUACCCGCGCGCGUAUUCGAGUUGUUAG